GGUUGUAAGGUACAAAACUUCUGAGAUUUAUCUGUUCUAGUACUUAACUACCAGAUAUUUCUCUUGUUCCUUUAAAAUGGUCCUUGAAAACAUUCCUCAAGUGCAGUUGCUUUACGUUGGUAUGCCCUGCUCUGAAGUAGUAUACGCUUCCGCUUCCUGCCUAUCCGUUCUGUGUUUGAAACCGUUAAACGUCCGAUACGAAAACGAGACUAGAAAGUUGUAAACAUAUUGUAGAAGAUAUUAUCCGUCCACCUCAAUGACCCUCAAGAUGAAAACCAGUAUUCGUUUCCCGAAUUACGCAUUAUGAUGUCUUCCCCAUCUUUGGAUGUAAUCGCCAAAAGGCGUUACCACAAGCAAAAGCAUCGCAAAUCAAGGAAAAAAUCAUGUUUAGGAAGGGAAGUACAGGGAAAGACAAUUCCACCACCCAAGAUCUCCAAGAGACUUACGAGUGGGUUUUGCUUUAGAGGUGCAGUUGUCACAUCAUCCCAUUCUAGAAAUCCGAGAGGAGUAAAUGCAAUAAAAACACGGAAGAGUUCCACAGACUAUGAUUUGCAUUGCCUCCUUAAAGCUGCCAAAAGUCAUGUGGUUUCAGAUCAUUCUCAGUCACCUUCAACUGGAAUAUCUGCAGCAGAAGACAUUGAUGAUCCAAUUGAAAAUCAUCCAAGUAUUAGUAGUUAUAAACAAAAGCCAUCCAAACAGCGAGCAUCCAUAGAGAUAGAUGUUGAUACUGGGACCUCAUGUGGAAACAGGGUGCCAUUUGGACAUGAAGAGCAGGAUUCUGAAACAACAAUGCAAGUUGAACAGGUGCCUAUCUACAAACAAGAUAAUUCUGGCCAUUUGCGCAAACAGUACCACAUUUCCUCUGCCAAAGACCAUAACACUGAUUUCAACAACUCAAGUGAAAACAGUUCAACCCAUGCAAAACCAAAGCCGCAUAUAUCAUCGUAUCAAAAAUUUGCAGUUGGUAUUGUAGAAGAAGUUGUUUCUGAAAAGAAGAAGCAGUUCCCCAAUCUUGGUCUGUCAAAGCAAAUUAAACAAGAGCUCAUUAACAUAUAUCAGAGAACUAAAAAUGCAUCUGACAUGACAAAGAAUGCACCAGCCAAACAAAUGCCGAUCCCUCAAUAUUGUAACUCAGAACAUUGUGAAGCAGAGUCAGAGAAUCAACUGCUACCACAAACAAGAAAAGUUAAUCCUGGAAUACCAGACUACAAAAGUGGGAUGGGCCAAAAAUCAUUCAAAGAAAGAACUGUGGAAGCUUGGAUAGAGGCGAUUCCCCAGGGUUCAGCUGACAAAAAUGAGAGACUUCAGAAAUAUCAAGGAACCAAGCCAAAAUGUGAAAGAAGCUCUAAGCAGACGGAAAGCGAUUUUAUGGAAAACGUCAAGAAGGGACACAAUAUAUUCAAACCUUAUUCAUGCACUUCAAAGGAAGAGAUUCCACCUCUAUGGUUUACAGAUGUAAAGUCUCCUUCGUUUUCGCCUUUCUUAAACACAGGCAAAAAAGCAGCUUCAGGACAGGUAGCAUUACCACAUGAGUCUCAAGAUUCCCAUAAAAACAAGUUGAACUGCAUGAAAUUAAACUUUAAUUUCCCAUUGGAGAAAGAGCAGCGGUGUCGAAAUCCUCCAAGAGCUCUUCAAUCAUGGACAACAUGGUUUAAAGGAAAUGAUGACAUUGUGGAUCAAAGACAGCCAGACAGUCCUAUCUACCCCAGCCCCCUCUUCAUGUUUGACCAACCUCCUUACAAGAAAACUAAUGUUACCCUAAAGGAGGGCUCUACAUCUGUGGGCACUCACCAUCAAACAAAAACAAUUGAACAUAAGUCAUCUGUGUGGAGUCAAUUUCCAAAGUUCCUGAAAAAGGAUGAAAAAGAGGUAUUUAAAGGCAUUCAUGGUCAAAAAGAAAUGUUCAGUUACAACCAAAAUGAAUCAAAGUUGAAGGAGAAUGUAGAACCCACUAGACAUGAAAGAAUUGUUAAGAAUCAAAGCCCAGCAUACAUUCAUUUCUCACCUAGAAAAAUGUUCUAGAUCAACUGUACAAUAGAAUUGAUUGACUUUAAUUAGCAAAGAGAGACCUAGGCAAUAAGUACACUUGUUUCAGUGUACUUCACAAGUAUUGAUAAUGAAUUAACAACAUAGCACCAAACUCAAUAACUUUUGUAACCAGCUAUAUACACUAUGAAAUUAUUUGACUAGCUAUCA